CGUGGCGCGAGGCUAGCGUCAUCGCGGUCCUGUCUCCACCGACGUCAGGCAUUGAAGGACCCUGGAAGCAGGCACCGUCUUUCUGGUUAAUCCACUCCUCUGCUGCAUCUAUUGCUGGUGUUGCUCUCGUAUCCUCCACCCAAUUUAUUGGGCUUUGCAGUGAAUCUGGACCUUGGUUUGCAGAGGGCCACCCGCCCCAGCACGCGACCCAUCCUCGCGCCGCCGCCUGUCUAGGUACCCGCCUCGGACGGCGCCCUCUUUCCGUCGUCUCAACACACCACCAUGGCGCCUCUCCGACUGUCGAUACCGACGACGCACACAGAAUCAGACGGUGGCAAGGAGUUCACCACGUACGAGAUCCGCAUCGAGCACCCCUUCCCGCGGGCAUCGACGUCCCUGCGAAAGCGCUACUCGGACUUUGCGGCGCUCGACUCAACACUGCGCUCCCACGUCGGCCCACCUCCAGCGUCUCUGCCUCCGAAAUCCUGGCUUGGCGGCUUCCUUGGCCUCGGCAGCACCCUCGGCUCUCCAGAACAGAUCGAGAAACGCAGACAAGCGCUGGAGCAGUACCUGCAGGCGAUCGAGACAAGUGAAGACGGGCGAUGGCGUGUCACACCGGCGUACCGCGAGUUUCUCGACCUCGGCAGCGACAAAGACAAGAAGACGGCCAAUCUUCCCGGCGCGCAGUUCGGCAAGGACAGAGUCAGAGAUAGCACGGACUGGCUGGACAAGUACCAGGAGGUGAAGAGCAACCUGCAGGACGCCCGACGGUGGUUGACGUCGAGAGAGCAAGCCACCGCUGCCACGGCGCAGCACGAAGCAGGCGCGAACGCGAAGAAAGGGCUUGUCAGAGCCGGCACCCUUCUAUCCGCGCUGGAAGAGGGCUUGACCAGGCUGGGCGGCGGCGGCGAUGGAUGGGGCGGUGACAAGCUCGGCGACGGCGAGAUACGGCGACGACGCGAUCUCAUCGGCACAUCCCGCAAGGAGCGCGACGGCCUGGAGAGCGUGCUGAACACCUUGGCCGUCAAGGCUGCCGCGUCGGGGUCCACCUCAUCCGCACCGUCGACGAAUUCGGCUGCCGCGACCAACGAGCAGAAAGCCGGCCUUUUCAGUCGGGCCAACCAAGGUGCUGGCAGAUCAGGCCGCGUCCUCGGCGGCCCCGCCAAAGAAACCGAACGCACCCGGGAGCUCGACAACGACGGCGUGCUCCAGCUCCAGGAACAGAUCAUUGCCGAGCAAGACCAGGAUCUAGUGGAUCUAACCACCGUGGUCAGGCGGAUGAAAGAGAUGGGCGUCCAGAUCAACGACGAGCUGCAGUACCAGAACGAGCUCCUCAACCAGUUCGGCGACGACGUCGAGCGCGUCGACGGCAAGAUGAAGAUUGCGAAGAAGCGCAUUGCGAAGAUCAGAUAGGUUGUGUGCAUCGGCACGGUGUUUUGCUUGAUUCGGCUUGUUGUUGUUGCUUUGCAUAUACCCAGUUUACUAAUGAGCACAUAC